AUGAAGCAGCGAAGCAAUCAUGCUGCAGUUGCGAAGUACCGAGAUACCUUGAAGGGAAAGUGGGCCACCUUCAGAGCCCGCCAUAUGGCAAAGUACCGCGAUCUCUCGUUGAAAGCCGUACCGGCGCCCCCAGAGCCCGAGGCACCGCCCUACAUGUGGCCGCCAAUCUCGUGGCUUCUGGCAGACGCUCAGUUCACCCCCAACGAGGUGAAGGCGCGGUUCGCUUCAGGUAACAUCCAACUGAGCCACUCGACCUGGUCCCUGAGGUUUCACCCGGAUAAGGUUCAGGAGAGAAGCCCGCACCAUUUGGAAGACUUUGGACGACACUACAUCCACGAGCUACGCAAGCUUGGGAGGGAGAGCGCGGGACCAAGUUCUCUUAACGCUGUACAAGCUCUCUAUGCCACCGAGCUGUUUGCGCCUCUAAACGAUCGCUUCAAGCAAGGCCUCAACGCUCAAAAAGCAGGAGGCAUGCUCUGGAAGGCGUGGCUCAACGUGGAGGUUGCACUCGUUACAGAUUACGUGGUCUAUCUUCUGAGGGUUGCAGAGUUCGAGGAGCGGGUCCUGCAACGUGCAAGCACUACAGAGUUGCUUAACGCAGCUCGAGGAGCUUGGGUUGAAAGACAGCUAGAGGUGCAGUUUUUGAAGUCGAAGGCAUAUCGAAGGUACCACGAGCCGUAG